GUGUAAAAUCAGAACCCACCAUCAUAUCUUCGUCUCUGUUUCUUUAGUCAUAGCAGGAUCUGCAAGCAACAAGAGGUACGAGUAUAUCUGGAAGAAGAUGGCAGAGAUUUGUGCAGCAGGAGAUGCACCCGAUUCGUCACCGUCAACAGAUGAAGGAGACGCCCGAAACAGCACAAGUCAAACGAGAAAGCCUAGGCCUCCUGUCAUUUCCUUGGCGAUGUUGAGAAGAGCGAUCGGUGACGAAAUCGCCUCCCUCGACGCAAACGAGGUGAGCCGUCGAGUCUAUGCAGGAGUGCUUUUGAAGGACGACAAGAAGCAGGUCGAGGCGAAAAACGGCGAGCUUCAGGCAAGUUCCAGAGAACAAAAAUGAACUUGUUUUGCUCAGAUAUAUUGAAAAAACAUUUGGCUCGGACUGUGAUGCCGCCAUGAAACUAAAACUGCAUGAUAUGCAGGAAAAGUCUGUAAGUCAAGACCACUUGCAGAUGAUAAGUGGAUCUAUUAAUAGGUCAUAAGGGACCGGAUGGGAGCUCGGUAGCUUCUGAUUGGACAAGAGCCGAGUUUUGUUCUGAUUUUGUUUAUGUCUCACUCAAUGAUCACUGCUUUGGGCUUACAGAAACCGCCAUACACACACAAGUAUUGGGUUGACGAGGAGCUCAACAGGAACUGCUUGAUGGUUCUGGCUCCGGCCUUAUCGAUCACUUGGGGUAACGAUCGCCGAUACUGGACAUGGCCAGAAGAGGGGGAAUCAUGCUAUUGGGGCAACGAAAAUCUGCCCGUCGCCGAGCUAGGACGUGUUUGCUGGCUAGAAAUCAAAGGGAAAUGCGAAACAAUCGUGCUCUCUCCGAGGACGAUGUAUGAAGUCGCUAUCUUCGUGAAGAUGGGCAGUCGAAACCACGGAUGGGAAAUUCCGGUGAACCUCAGUCUCCAAUUACCGGAUGGAAACAAGCAGGGACGCAUGGCAAGAUUGGACAGUUUGAAAAAGGAAACGUGGACACCUCUUAGCAUCGGCAAAUUCGAGACGACACCCAAAACCAUCGGCGAGAUAAGCUUUUCCCUCACACAAACUGAUGGGCAUUGGAAGUCCGGCCUCCGCGUCAAAGGCGUUGUUAUCACGCCUACAACAGAGAAUAAGCAGCCAAAAUAAUGCGUGAAUUGUGGCUCAAGUGCUUGUAUUAAUCUCCUCUCUAUGUAUGCUGAUGCAUCGUCGUAAUGAUACUUUUCCGAACUCGUAUCCAUUGGCAAACAAUAAAUAUUCCCCACUCUGAAAAAUUUUCGUCUCGAAUCAU